AUGACCAAGCCGGAGCAAGUUUUAACUAUCGAACCUCAGGGCGAGUUAAGAUUCCGUGGCCCAUUUACAGGUUCACCAGUCACAUCAUACAUAAAGUUAAUUAAUCCAACAACUCAAAAAGUAUAUUUUAAAAUAAAGACUACUGCUCCAAAGAGAUACUGCUUUGAUCCAAAUGAAAAAAACAAACACAAGUUCAUGGUACAAACAGUUAUAGCACAAGAGGGUGACAAUGACGACUGUGUCCACGAUGUGUGGAAAGACAUCAAUGAGGAUUUGGUUAUGGAGUACAAAUUAAAGUGCGUGUUUGAGAACCCAGUUAGCAGUAACACAUCCGGAAAAGUGUCAGCUGCUCCAACUCAGUCUAAAAACGAGCCCAGUACAGUUAAUGGAAAAAAUAAAGCCACUGGUGAUGGAGCUAAACCGACUGACAAACAACUUAUCGAGUACGAAGAAAAGUUAAUGAAAGCCGCUGCAGAAGUUAAUCAUUUGAGGGUAGAAGAAAGUAAUUUGAGGCAGGAAUGUCUUCAACUCAAGGAAGAACUAAUGAGAUACCGAAAUAUGGAAAAGGGUGGAAACAUUACGUCAGGACGAAUGACAUCUGGGUCUUUAGAACGUAGUAAUCCACAACUAUUGAAUAUGACACCUACUCUAGCAAUUGCAGCGGUUGUUGUCUUGAUAAUUGGUUAUUUCUUCGGAAAAUUAAUCUGA